AUGCCAUGCCUGUCGAUAUUAAUGGAUUUAUGUAUAGAAGGACUUCAGAUCUUAAUGGAUCUUAUUCCGAAAACUGGUGAUGACACAAUGUACGUUACACUGCGGUUUAUUGUAUGGUUUGGGUAUACGGAGUUCGCUGUUAUGACGGCAGCUAUUUUUACGCAUUAUGUUGCGCCGGAAGCUAUUGGUUCUGGAGUUCCGGAGAUGAAAACUGUAUUGCGUGGUGUAGCAUUGAAGGAGUAUUUGUCAUUCCGAACAUUAACUGCAAAGCUUUUCAGCUUAGCACUCGCUAUUGGCGGCGGAUUGCCAGUUGGGAAGGAGGGACCAUUUGUACAUAUCGGUUCAAUGGUGGCGAGUUUGGUCAGUCGACUGAUUCGACACUUUAAGUCGACUUCUGCAAACGAUUCAAAAAAAGGUGAAGUUCUAGCAGCUGGUUGUGCCGCUGGUGUUGCCUGUACAUUCAUUGCUCCGAUUGGAGGAGUCUUGUUUUCAAUUGAAGUAACUGCGGUGUAUUUCGCAGUACGAGAUUACUGGAGAGGCAUUUUUGCAACUUGCUUUCAACGACCUAAUAUUAGUCUGCGUUCACAAAGUACUUUUAUUUCAGUUACCUUAAGCGCAUUUGUGCCGACGAAAUUUGCCAGUCGAACGUACUAUCCAGAAGAACUUUUUUUCUUUUCUCUAAUUGGUCUUUUUUGUGGUCUUACUGCGGCACUGUUUAUACUAAUCCACCGUCAUGUUGUACUCUUUCUGCGUAGGAACAGUAUCAUGAAAUUCGUUUUCCAAAGAAAUUACUUGGUUUAUCCAACCGUCAUGACUGCGAUUUAUAGUAAUUUACUACGCAUUUUUCAGCCCGUGUACGGACGUACAAUCCAAGAUUUUUUUGUCAAUUGCACUUGGCACUCAGAUCCACUUAUCUUUAUAUCCUGCGAUCGAGACUUGACUUCUCGGUGGAGUGCAGACGGUUCAAUCUUUACUAAUCUUGGUGUUUUCAUUGUAUUCUUUUUCUUUUUCGAUAUCAUAGCUAGUACUUUACCAGUUCCGGCAGGAAUAUUUAUGCCUGCGUUUGUUCUUGGCGGAGCAAUUGGACGGUUUUUCGGUGAGGUUAUAGCGUACAACUUUCCAGAAGGUGUAAGAAGAGACCAAAGCAUGCUUAUUUAUCCAGGUGUAUAUGCCGUAGUUGGAGCAGCAUCGUUUUGUGGCGCAAUAACACAUACAGUUUCUGUAGCUGUUAUUGCUUUUGAGAUAACCGGUCAAUUGGUUCACAGCUUACCAGUGAUGAUAGCUGUUAUCAUUGCGAACGUAGCCUGUUCGUCUUUUCAGCCAUCGUUUUUUGAUAGUAUAAUUAAAAUCAAACACCUUCCUUACUUACCAGAUAUUCCGAAAUCGACAUCUGGGAUUCACGCUGUAAGAGUUGAACAAAUAAUGGUUCGGAAUGUGAAAUCGGUGAGUAAAAAGACCACAUAUCGUGAACUUCAAGAUAUGCUGCUCGGUAUGCCACGUUUAAAAGCAUUCCCUGUUGUGGAUGACCCAGCUUUUUUAGCUACAAAACUUUUACUUGGGUCCAUAAAUCGUCCCGUCUUACUUUGGAUGUUAGAAAGAAAGGUGGGUGAUCGUGCCAGAAGUGCUGAAGCUUUGAGGAGAGCUUUUAUUAAACUACAAGGUGUCAGCGUGAAUGGCGAUUUUCCAGAAAAAACAAAAAGGCUUUCUGCAAAGGAAGAAGACUUUAAAGCGGAUUUGGAACUGAAAAAUAAAAUAUUUCUGUUUCAGCGAACCGUAUGGGAACAGAAUCAGUUGAGCAGCUGUUUAGAGUUCGUUGAAGAUACUAUUGAUCCUUCCCCAUUGCAGUUCACUGAGACAACAUCGUUGUAUAAAGUUCAUUCAAUAUUCUCUUUGCUUGGCCUUAGAAGGGCCUAUGUUACAAAUCGAGGAUCUCUUGUUGGUGUCAUCGCAUUGCGUGAGUCCAAACCAUUUUUGCUUUCUCAACGGAGAAUCAUGUGA